UGAAGCAUGCACAACUUUAUUACAUUUCUAUUUCUUGAUUCAAUUAUAAGAAAUAUAAAAAUCAUAUCUACAAAUAUUAAUAUCGACUGUUGCCGUUUGAUAGUAGUUAAUAUUCAAAGUUCAUAUUUUAUCAAUAUCGUAUAAUUUAAUUUUAAGUUAUCCACGAAUAGUGCGUGACCGAAGAGAUCACAUUUUUAUAAGAUACUGUAUGUAAGUGACUCAUGCUCUUUAUAAGAUCAGUUCGUACCGAAUCGCAUCAGUUGCAUAGCAAGUUGCAUCGUGCAUAGUUGCUAUCAUAAUGAAGCAAAAAUGUAUCCUGAUAUUUUCCGUGAUAAUAUUUUUUCUAUCGCCACCGGCGUUACAGUUAAGAUUAUCGAAUCGAUUUCACAUAAGACGAAUGAAAAAAGGACGUCAUAUUAAUGAAAAUGGCGGGAAAUAUAAAUACGAGAUUAAAACGUUUGAAGUCCCGGUAGACCAUUUUAGUUUUGCUGUGAAAGAUAAAUUUAAUAUUAGAUAUCUCGUAAACGAUACAUGGCAACGAGAGAACAAUGCACCUAUUUUUUUUUACACAGGAAACGAAGGUGAUAUAGAAGUAUUCGCGGAAAAUACUGGUUUUAUGUGGGAAAUAGCACCCGAGUUCGGUGCUACGGUGAUCUUUGCCGAACAUCGAUAUUAUGGCGAGUCAAUGCCAUUUGGAAAUAAAUCCCUUAUUGAUCCUGCACAUUGGGGAUAUUUAACGUCGCAACAAGCCAUUGCAGAUUAUGUCGAUUUGAUCGAAUAUUUGAGAUCAGAUGAGAAUAGAAAGCAUAGUCCUGUUAUUGUUUUCGGUGGUUCAUACGGUGGUAUGCUGAGUUCAUGGAUGCGUAUGAAAUAUCCGCACAUCGUCCAAGGAGCCAUUGCAGCAUCAGCUCCAAUUUUGCAAUUUACCGGUGUUUCUUCUUGCGAAUCUUUUGCACGUAUAACAACAUCGAGUUAUCGUGCGGCAUGUGAUACGUGUCCGAAAUUGAUACAAAGAUCAUGGAACGUAAUAACGAACGUCACGUCCAACGACGAAGGUAAGAAAUGGUUGUCAGAAAACUGGAAAUUAUGUCAACCGCUUACAAAUUCAACGCACGUUGAAGAAUUACAAGCUUUUCUGGAAGAUGUUUAUGGAACUAUCGCGAUGGUCAAUUAUCCGUAUGAAACUAACUUUAUAGUACCAUUACCUCCUAAUCCUGUUAAAGUUUUCUGCAAUCAUUUAUCAAAUAAGUCUCUAACAGGAAAACCCCUGUUAACAGCAUUGUAUAAAGCUUUAAAUGUUUUCACAAAUUAUACCGGUCAAACAAAUUGCACCGACAUAGAAAAUGCUUCAGGAAACUUAGAUGCACUGGCUUGGGAUUAUCAAGCAUGUAGCGAAAUAUUUAUAACUAUUUGUAGCGACGGAGUAAAUGAUAUGUUUCGAUCUGAACCUUGGGAUAUUAAAAAAAUAAGCGAGGAUUGUUUGAAAAAACAUGGUGCACAUUCUUAUCCAUAUAUGGUUUGUAAAGAAUAUGGAUGUAAAGAUCUUUCAACUGCUACCAAUAUCGUUUUUAGCAAUGGAUUAUUGGAUCCAUGGUCAGGUGGUGGUGUGUUAUGGAAUUUGUCUUCCUCUGCAACUGCUGUGAUUAUUCCAGAAGGGGCUCAUCACAUUGACUUAAGGGGUAGUAAUCCUAGAGAUCCUUAUAGUGUUAUACUAGCAAGAAAAUAUCAUCGUUAUUAUAUAAAACAGUGGAUCAAGCAAUACAAACAACAGAAAAAGAGAAUACUGGUAACAUAAUUAUAUAAUUUUUCUUUUCUUUUCAAUUGAUGCUGUUUUAUUGUGAGUGACUUUAUAAAAAAAGAAAAUAUAUAUAUAUAUAUAUAUAUAUAUAUAUAUAUAUAUAUAUAUAUAUAGUUUAUACAUAUAUAUUUGUCAUCAUUAAAUUUUAUUUUUCAAAUUAUAAAUACAAAGGCAGCAUACGCAGACAAUUAUAAUCAUUAAAGUCUAGCUAUUGUGAUUCUUAUAUUACUUGUAAAUAAAGUGCAGACAAAAAAAUAUUCAAAAUAA